AUGGCAAAAGUAUUUACUCAACUUCAAUAUUAUCCUGAAGCGAUUAUAUUAGCACAAGAAGUUCACUAUAGUGGAUUAAAAAAAUUAAUUUUAGAGAUUAAAGAAAAAACCACAUCACCCCCUGAUUGGAACAAGUUUUCAGGAAAAGUUAGUAUAAAUGAACCAACUACUUCAAAAUCAAAAUCAAAAUCAACAUCAACAUCAACAUCAACAUCAACAUCAACAUCAACAUCAACAUCAACAUCAUCAUCAACAUCAUCAACAUCAUCAACAACAUCAUCAAUAAAUAAAUAA